AUGAACUACCUAGGCCUCCUCUUCCUCUUCCCCUUCCUCACCACCGCCCACGUACUCAUGUCCUCCCCGCCGUCGCUCGGCUACGCAAAGAACCAAUACGUAACCUCGCCCGACUACGACCUCAACUUCCCUAUCAAGGGCGCGCAAUUCCCGUGCAAAGAGUACCACAAGGACUUUGCGCGCGGCGCCGGGAGGAGCGUGGCUACCUGGCCCGCGGGGAGUUCCUGCCCCGCCGAGAACACGCCCUUCAACUUCGCCAUCCCGCCCUCGGCACCCUCUGGCGCCGCGCUCUUCGCCUGGACGUGGUUCAACAAGAUCGGCAACCGCGAGAUGUAUAUGAACUGCGCGGUCGUGACCAUCACUGGCGGCGGCAGCGGGUUCGCGAGCAUGGUGGACAACCCGCGCAUCUUCGUGGCCCAGAUCGGCACGAAUGCGUGUACGGUGAAGGAGGGCGUGCCGGUGGACUUUCCGAACCCGGGCGCCGUGGUGGUGAGAGGGGAGAGGGGGUCGCCGCCGAAUGGGACGGGGUGUGUGUAG